CCGCUGGGCGCUCUCCUCAAACCUGCACUGGGCAUUUCCGGAGCCCCGGGACUACCGCUAGCCCGGGCGCGCCGCCGCUCUCACAGGAAUCUCCCGGCCAGCGCAGCCCGUCCGACUUCCCAUCAGGCUUUCACGCUCGGUGCUCCCUCAGAGAUGGCAUGAAGGGGUGGGCGUUCCGGCUCUAGAGGACCCCGCCGCGGCCCCGGAAGCGCCUCGUCCAGGGCGGCGGUGGCGGUGGUCGCCGUGAUGCCUGCGGGAUUGGGCGGCUGACCACCGGGGUAGGAGCGGGCCCCAAAUCUCGACGGCCGCUGCUCGAGCGCGGCCUGCGCCAUGGCCACCUCCGCCGCCUCCUCCGAGCAUUUCGAGAAACUGCACGAGAUAUUCCGCGGCCUCCAUGAAGACCUCCGAGGGGUGCCGGAGCGGCUCCUGGGGACUGGAGGGACAGAAGAAAAGAAGAAAUUGAUCAGAGAUUUUGAUGAAAAGCAACAGGAAGCAAAUGAAACGCUGGCAGAGAUGGAAGAGGAACUACGUUAUGCACCCCUAUCUUUCCGUAACCCAAUGAUGUCUAAGCUUCGAAACUACCGGAAGGACCUUGCUAAACUCCACCGGGAAGUGAGAAGCACACCUUUAACAGCCACACCUGGAGGCCGAGGAGACAUGAAAUAUGGCAUGUAUACUGUAGAAAAUGAGCAUAUGAAUCAGCUACAGUCUCAAAGAGUGUUGCUUUUGCAAGGCACUGACAGCCUGAACCGGGCCACCCAGAGUAUUGAGCGUUCUCAUCGGAUUGCCGCAGAGACUGACCAGAUUGGCUCAGAAAUCAUAGAAGAGCUGGGGGAGCAGCGUGACCAGUUGGAACGUACCAAGAAUAGACUGGUAAACACAAGUGAAAACUUAAGCAAAAGUCGAAAGAUUCUCCGGUCAAUGUCCAGAAAAGUGACAACCAACAAGCUGCUACUUUCCAUUGUCAUCUUAUUGGAGAUAGCCAUCCUGGGAGCCCUGGUUUAUUACAAAUUCUUUCACAAGCAUUGAACUUCCUGUAGGGAAGGGUUUGUGGACCAGAACUUUGACCCUGUGAAUGAAUGGCGUUAGAGAUGUGAAAUAAGCAUAUGGCUUCUGUGAGCUAAUGGUUCAAGGAUGCACUAUGUGGCCAGACUCUGGGAAGAGGGAGGGAAGACGGAAAACCAGUAAAAUGUGAAGGAACAGCAACAAGGCCAGUGUGAUAUACCAAGGUAAUAAAUGCUGUUUAUGACUUCUUUAAAUUUACAUAGUACUCCAACAUAUUAAUAACCUGUGAACUGCAAAAAAAAAAAAAAAAUA